AGGUGGUCGUCUCGCUAACGCUCUUGCUGCCAUCCUCGCCUUUCCCGUUCUUCCAUUGUUCUCUCUUCUGCUCCUCUACGUACACAGACAAAUCUCUCUCUCUCUCUCUCUCUCUCUCUCUCUCUCUCUCUUGAUCUCAUUGUGCGUGAUCAAUGAGAGAGGCAAGCAAGAAGAGCCUUCUCUUCAUCCAACUGAUGCUCCUCCUAAGUCUGUCUGCACCGCCGCAUUACGCCGCCGCUAAGGUGACUGCCAUCUUCGUGUUCGGGGACUCGACAGUGGAUGCCGGGAACAACAACCAGAUCCCGACAACGCUGCGGAGUAAUUUCAAGCCCUACGGGCGCGACUUUGCAGGCCAGAAGCCCACCGGCAGGUUCAGCAACGGUCGUAUCGCCACCGACUUCUACUCCGAGGCGUUCGGGCUCCGGCCCUUCGUGCCGGCCUACCUCGAUCCGGAGUACGGCAUCAAGGAUUUCGCUGUCGGUGUUUGCUUCGCGUCGGCCGGUUCCGGACUCGAUGUUGCUACAUCAGACGUUCUUAGUGUGAUACCCUUGUGGAAGCAAGUUGAGUUCUUCAAAGAGUACCAAACCAGAUUGGUAAGCUAUCUCGGAGUUGACCGUGCCAAGGAAACAAUAAGCGAAGCAGUGUACGCCAUCAGCAUCGCAACAAACGACUUCAUUGAGAACUACUUUGCGUUCACGUCAAACCGGUUCCUCGAAUUCACCGUCGACGAGUACGAGGACUACCUUGUCGGACUCACGCGCGAGUUCAUCAUAGAAAUCUACAACUUGGGAGCUCGGAAGAUCGGUUUCACUGGCAUGUCAGCGAUGGGGUGUCUGCCGAUGGAGCGGAGCAGAAACUUCAUGCUUGAAUGCGUGCAGGACUACAACAAGGUAGCUAGGGACUUCAAUACGAAGGUACAGACAAUGUGUGAAGAGCUGGGGGCUACAUUGCCAGGGAUCCAGCUUAAAGUGGCUCAGCUCUAUGACUACUUUCUUCACAUCAUCCAAAAUCCAUCCCUCUACGGGUUUGAGAACGUGGAGGUUGGAUGUUGCGCUACUGGGUUGUUCGAGAUGGGCUUUCUGUGCAACCAGUGGAGCCCUUUCACGUGCACGGAUGCAACCAAAUAUGCUUUCUGGGAUGCGGUCCACCCAACCGAGAAGAUGAGCCGAAUCAUCGCCGACUACUUGUUGAACACCACAUUCUUACAUUUCAUUUGAUUUUUAUGGGGCAGACUUCUACGUACGAAGCCUCAUACCUUGUGAUA